UCUGGCAGGGUUGUUUACAUGGCAGAGGAGACUGGAAGGCCAAGGCUGACGUGGGCUUCCGGGGACCGUUAACUUAUUUUUAUUGGCCCAGUGAAACCUUUCUUUUUUUCCCUCCUUCAGACCAGCAAGAUCCAAGUUCCCCCGUGACCAGGGUGACGAUGAUACACACCAUAAACAGCAUCAAGGAUUCCCUGCUGGAGAUGUUUGAAUUGGUGUCACAAAUGUUUUCAUUGUCGGUGCGUGUGUGGUCACUGGCCAUCACUGUCCUGCUGCAGCUGCUUGUUAUCCUGGUGGGGCUGCUGUGCCUCUGCUGGUUACUUCUCAAACUUUGUGUGUAUACAUUGCCAAGAGGUGACCCAGGGCAGAUUCACAUAGCCUUCUUUCACCCAUACUGCAAUGCUGGUGGAGGAGGGGAAAGGGUGCUGUGGUGUUCUAUCAGGUCACUGCAGAGAAAGUACAAAAAUAUCAAAUGCUACAUUUAUACUGGAGACACAGACGCUUCACCUCAGGAGAUUCUUCAAAAAGCAAGAGAAAGGUUCAACGUUUCCUUGCCACAGCCUGUAGAGUUUAUAUUCUUGAGAAGUCGCAGCAUUGUUGAGGCUAAAUAUUAUCCAUUCCUUACACUGUUCAUGCAGAGUCUUGGAUCUAUCAUGUUGGCAGGGGAGGCAUUAUCAAAGUUUCGCCCAGACAUUUAUAUUGACACAAUGGGCUAUGCAUUCACAUAUCCAGUGUUUCGCUUCAUUGGGGGAUGUGUCGUGGGAUGCUACACUCACUACCCCACGAUUAGUACUGACAUGUUGAACAGAAUUGCAGAUCGGGUUGAAUCUCACAACAACAGGAGAAUUAUUGCUAACAGUACAUUUUUCAGUCUAGCAAAGAUGGUGUACUACAGGCUGUUUGCUGAGCUGUAUUCACUGGUUGGUUGGAGUGCACAGGUGGUGAUGGUGAACUCCUCUUGGACGCAUGGGCACAUAUCAAAACUGUGGGGGGUGAACCGACGCACACAUAUUGUUUAUCCUCCAUGUGACACUGAACAGUUCAAAAGUCUUGAGAUAAUCCCAGAUUCAGAGAAAAAAAUCAAAUCCUUAGUGUCCAUCGGUCAGUUUCGUCCUGAGAAAGACCAUGCCUUACAGUUGAAAUCUUUCCAACGCCUCUGUGAAAUAGUGGAUUCUAGUAUAGAUGUUCAGCUUGUGAUAAUUGGUGGCUGCCGAAAUGAGGAAGAUCAGCAGAGGGUCACCUCACUGAAAGAAUUGGCAGCAUCUCUUGACAUUGAGGACAAAGUAGUCUGGAAGCUUAAUGCACCAUUUGAGGAACUUCUUGAGUGUGUUAAGCAAGGUACAAUUGGACUGCAUACAAUGUGGUGCGAACAUUUUGGCAUUUGUGUUGUGGAGUGCAUGGCUGGUGGCCUUAUAAUGGUAGCUCAUGAUUCUGGAGGGCCAAAGAUGGAUAUUGUUAUAGAGCAUGAUGGGCAGCCCACUGGAUACAGGGCAACAGAUGUAGAGUCUUAUGCACAAGCAAUGAAGACUGUCUUGGACUCUUCUGACGAGGCAAAAGAAACAAUGCGAUUAGCAGCCAGGAGUUCUGUUGACAGGUUCAGUGACACUGAGUUUGAAAUGGCCUUCCUUAGUGCUUGUGAGAGUCUGUUUGCAUCCACUAAUGUUGUACUAAAUUAAUCUAUCAUGUUAAAAUGUUACUAGCUUUAGUUAUUUAUUGCAAACAAAUGUUUGACUUGGAUAAUGAAUGAUUCAGCAUUCUUAAGAUUAAUGUUUGCAGUGAUAUUGAAGGCUUAGCAUUGUUGUGGUUUUGAAACCAUUGGGCUUUCCAUGAUCUGUAGCCUUUGCCGUUCUUUCUUGAGUCAACUUUAUAUCAUGCUUUCCGUGGAUAUUGUGGUUACUGAUAAGAAUGCAGGUGGUUGUGAGGCUGAUGAUAACACUAGGGGCUGCAUCCACAUCAAUGCUGUUAUCUCAUUGUCAGUGUGAAGUCACUGAUGAACAGUUGUUUCUGCUUGUUAAUAUGUUGUGUUCUACAUACAUACCAUUUCCAGAACAUUUCCUCCUCAAUCUAUAGAGGACCGACCACCCAGCAGCAGUGAAAUACCAUUUGUUAGUCAGUUAUGUACUUAGUACUUAGUGUUUUCUUGAAACAUUUAAAGUUCUUAAGUCACUGUUGAAAUAAUCUACAGUGAAUGUCCACUAUCUAAUCCCAUCCAUACCGAGAAAUCUUCUUGCCGACUCAUCUGUCCAUCCACCUCUUGUGUGUGUAUGUCAUUCAGCCACGGUCUGCACACAUGCUGACUCGUGAUCACCAGCCAGUACCCUCCCAGACAGAGCUUGAAGCUUCGUAAUGACUGACCUUUGGAUACAGCUGGGACCCGGUGUGAUCUUUAGCAUAGAUAACUAAGGAUCUUCUAUUCCUGAGGGUGUAUCCUCCACUGUAGAUGUAAAGGCACAGGACACAUGGAAGAACACUGAGGCUGUGGACCCUAACCCAGAUGUUAACAAUCUGUUUCUAUAGAACUAGAAAUGAAUAGGUAGACUAGAGGAAGUUUUUUAAGAUGAAUUGUUAACAUUAUGGGAUAAUAUGUGAUAUGUGAUAUGAAGAGAAAAGGGUCUGGUCUCUGUGACGAAAGGCAUACUCUGGAUUUGUGAAGAUAAAGAAAACCUGGAUGACUCUUUUUAAAUUUAUAGUUCCAUAACAGUUAUAUAUGUUUGUAGACUAUAUUUACAAUUUAAAAAGGAAAUGUGUUAUAUUUACGUGUAUCUGAGCAUGCUUUUUAAUAAUUUAUUCAGUCUUGUGAUAUUUAUUAUGAGUUUCUCUGCAGAAGAUAUCUAAUAUUUGAAGUGUAUAUUGCAUGUUAUCCAGUGUCUGCCAGUUAUUACAAUUUGUGGUGCCACACAUGUUAAAAGUUUUCUUCUAAAUGUUAAGCCUUUUUCCAUAUAGGAUUGCAGGUUUUAUUUAAUAUUAGUUCACAGAAGGUACUAUACCAAAGAUUAGGCCUUUCAAUUUUAGGCCAAGGAUUUUGCUUCUUCUGAAAUGUGUUAUGCAAUUAGUAGCUUGUACUUAAGUCAGUUCUUCUAUUGCAUUCCUCUUGCAUAAAAAUUCCUGAAAUCUACAAUACAUAAGUCUAGAUAUGUUGACAGAACUACAUUUUUUGGCAAAAACUCUCCAGAUUUAUAGAAACUGCAUGGUUAUAAAGAUUUACCUUUC